CUAUUUGACAUGUCUAAUAACCAGUUUAAUUCUGAAUUUCCAAUAGUUCUAGUGAAAAACCUACCUUAUGAAGUCACAACACAGGAGUUGUACGACUUGUUCAAUAAGUUUGGAAACAUCAUUGAAGUUAGAAAAGGAAUAGAAAAUCAUUUAAAGGGAAACUGUUUUGUUGUAUAUUCAGAUCUCAAAUCAGCUAAAUCGUGUUUAGAGAACCUUAAUGGCUUUAAUUUUAAAUCAAGAUAUUUGGUUGCUUUGUUAUAUCAGAUAGACAGUCAUAAAAUAAACGAUAUUAAAAAUGAAUUAAUCCAAGUAAAUAAUAAAAGUAUUCAUACAAAAUAGAAUAAAAUAGGGUUUACUAUUAUAAAAUAUUUUCGGAAAGAAUAUAUAUUUUUUUGUAUGUGAUAUGCUAAUGAUAAAAAAUAAAAAGAAUAAUAAAUAUAAAUAUACGGUAUAUAGUAUAUAGUACAACGCAGUAGAUAGUAUUGUUAAUUUAGAAACUCAUAGGUUAUGAAUGAAAUCUCUUCUAAGUAGAUCUUUGACUUGCAAUUGCAUUAUACUUCCUGGAUGAAUAAACAUUAAU